CGCUACGCUAAGAUAUGGAACAUCAUCAAGCCAGAGAAGAAAAUACAAAAAUUCAUCUUGCAGUUCCUGCUGCACCGCCAAAACCGCAGCACAAAUGUCCUCGCUGCAAUUCCACCAACACCAAAUUCUGCUACUUCAACAACUAUAGUCUCUCGCAGCCUCGCCACUUCUGCAAAACGUGUAAAAGGUACUGGACGCAGGGUGGAACCUUCAGGAACAUACCCGUUGGUGGUGCUUCCCGUAAGGCCAAACGUGGCAAAACAGAUUCUUCACCCUCCAAUUCACUCACACAGCCACACUCAGAUUUGGUGAACCCUUCUCCGUCACUCACCAUGGCUCACUCAACUACCCCUUACUAUCAACUUGGCGGUGGUGGUGGUGGUGGAGGAGGAGGAGGAGGGUAUUUAUCUUCUCUGGCAACGCUUCAUUCUCUGACCCCAUCGCAGCCUUUCAAUCACUACCUGAACGUUGCGGGCUCUUCUUCUAUUUUGCCUCUUCUGUCUGGCUUCAACGCUGCUGCUGCUGCUGCUUCUUUUCCUCCUCGGUUCCAUCACGUGGGAAUCAGAGAGAGGAUGGAAUCUCUCUAUCCUGCACCACAACGUUUGCUUCCAUCAAACGUGUCUGGUGGCAGUGCUGCUGCAGCAGCACAAAGCUUGAUUAGUGAUGUUUCGAGUACAAACCUUACGGCUGGUUCUGAUGUCUCAUUUUGGAGUGCUACUAUCAACGCCACUUCCAUCAGUGGAAACUCUGAUCGCAACAAUGUCAAAGGCGGUUCUUCUUCCUCUUUGAUCCCAAAUCAUUGGCUUCAUCCUCCAGGGUACCGUCCUCCUCAAUAAUCCAUUGCAACUAGCUAAAAGUGCAGACAUGGAGAAUAACUGCAUUGUCCUGUCACCACCUUCAUGUGUUUGAUUUUUAUUUUUC